AGGAGCAACACCCUCCUCACCCACCAGCACAUCCACACUGGAGAACGGCCCUACCCUUGUGGGGAAUGUGGGAAGAGCUUCAGGCAAAGCUCCAAGCUUAUCCAACACCAGCGCAUCCACAGUGGGGAAUGGCCCUACACAUGUAGGGAAUGUGGGAAGGGCUUCAGCGACAGGUUCAGUCAAUGCACCCACCUGCGCAUCCACACUGGGGAACGUCCCUACAGGUGUGGGGAAUGUGGGAAGAGCUUCAACUGCAGCUCCAACCUCCUCACCCACCAGUGCAUCCACACUGGAGAACGUCCCUACACAUGUGGGGAAUGUGGGAAGAGUUUCAGGCACAGCUCCACCCUCCACUCCCACAAGCACAUCCACACUGGGGAACUACCCUACACGUGUGGGGAAUGUGGGAAGAGCUUCAGGAACAGCUCACACCUCCGUAUCCACCAGCACAUCCACACUGGGGAGCGGCCCUACACGUGUGGGGAAUGUGGGAAGAGCUUCAGUGACAGCUCCAAUCUUCACACCCACCAACGCAUCCACACCGGGGAACGGCCCUACACUUGUGGGAAAUGUGGGAAGAGGUUUCAGACCAGCUCACAUCUCCUCAGACAUGAGCGGACGCACACGGAUGAGAGGCCCUUCCGCUGCACCGACUGUGGGAAGGGCUUCAAGCAGAAUGCUCACCUCGUCACCCAUCGGCGCAUCCACACCAGGGAGAGGCCCUACAAGUGUGGGGAGUGUGGGAAGAGCUUCAGUGACAGCUCUACCUUGACCAGACACCAACGGACCCACUCUGGAAAGAAGCCCUUCAAGUGCUUGGAAUGUGGGAAGAGCUUCAGUCAGAGCUCCCACCUGAUACGACACCAGCAGAUCCACACAGGGGAACAGCCCUACACGUGUGGGGAGUGUGGGAAGAGCUUCAGGGACAGCUCUGAUCUCCUCACGCACCAGCGCAUCCACACUGGGGAACGGCCCUACAAGUGCUUGGAAUGUGGAAAGGGGUUUCACACCAGCUCCAGUCUCCUCAGGCACCAGCAGACGCACACAGAUGAGAGGCCCUUCCGCUGCACCGACUGUGGGAAGGACUUCAUCCAGAACUCCGACCUCGUCACCCACCGGCGCAUUCACACAGGGGAACGGCCCUACAAGUGCUUGGAAUGUGGGAAGAGGUUUCACACCAGCUCACAUCUCCUUGUGCACCAGCGGACGCACACGGAUGAGAGGCCCUUCCGCUGCACCGACUGCGGGAAGGGCUUCAAGCACAAGUCCGCCCUCGUCAGGCACUGGCGCAUCCACACUGGGGACAGGCCCUACAAGUGUGGGGAGUGUGGGAAGAGCUUCACCCAGAGCUGUAAGUUGACCAGACACCAACGGACCCACCAGUAAGGGAAGCCCUACC